AUGGCCGGCACGUUCACUACUUACGCAGAGAUGUUGGAGGCCAUGAAGGGUCUCCAUUUGGCAAAAUCCGUGAUGGAUCUGCUUGGCCCGGCUGGUAAACACGUCAAGACGUGGGGCCAACUAGAUUCGUUCAUGCACAGCCAGCAGCUCAACAAACGCACCUUUCUUACACCACAACGCAUCGCGGAUCUUCUCCUUCAGAAGCUCCGCGGCUUCUACCUUGCCAAUGAGGCCCGCAAGGGCAGUAAUGAUCUCGGCUUAACGGGUCCCUACCGUUUCAACCCCACCUCCAACCCUCCUCGGGCUUCAACAAUGCCCACAAGAUCUUCUCGACGCGGCAUUCGUAGAGCCGCCGGAAGGAAGGGCCGUGGACGACGGCCAAUGCCCAGCUACGGGGAUUCACGACCGUCCCAGUCUCUAGAACAGGAAAGCCCAUCGCACAAUGGCAGCCCGGCCGCCAUGAAGCCGAAGAUAGAGCCCUCUUCCGGCUCGACAACCGCGGCCGAGGAGGUACUCAUCGCACUUCCAGCCGCCACGGCAGUGGUGGAAGGUCUUCUCUGUUUGCCUAAAGCCAUCGAGCCAGAGAAGCAGCCCGCUUCCAGCUCGAAGACCGCGCCGGUGAAGGCACCUGCGGCGCACACAACUCCGGUGCGGGAUGGGGAGGGUCUCAAGUGGUUUCCCGAUGAAGAUGCCAAGUUGGAAGACGUCUAG